AUGUUAUCGACGUUCAUACCACUGCUUCUCAUUCUAGAAAAUGUCGCUACUAUAAGCUCGGAAAAACCUUUCCCGGAGGACACAGUGGAGUCAUUCAAGACUCUCAACAUGAGGUACAACGACAAGCUGGCAUGGAGUGAUGAAUGGGCGAAAAAGGCGCUGGAGUGGUUGAAAUCGCCAGAAAAGGUUAAGGAUGAUCUGAUCGUCAUCAAAGGAAAAGAGUUAGCAUAUGCUUCUCUGAAUAUUUUUUUCUAUUAUGAAUACGCUAUUUCAACAGGUAUUUCCCAAAAACGGAUAGCAAGACGCUGUGGCAGAAAGUACUCUCGAUUUUUGAACACCGUCUUGAUCGAAGAAAAAAAGAGCGAGGGUGUUAAGAUCGCUCGCCUCCCGGCAGGAACAUUGUACGGAUGCAACGGCAUAAUUGAUACAACAUUGAAGAAGAAGGAAUCCAUUUAUACUGCCUGUCUAUAUAUGAAACCGCAGAGUGCAGGCUCGGGUACUCCCCUACCGAAAGAGACGGAAGAAACAUUCAAGACUCUCAAUUCAAUGUACAGCGACAAUGUGGAAUGGAGCGGCGAGUGGGCGAAGAAGGCACUGGAAUGGUUGAAGUCACCUAAAAGUGUAAAGGCUGACGUGAUUAUCAAAGGAAAACAGUCUUUCCCAAAGGGUGACAAAAAGGAGAUGUGGGAGAAGCUCCUCGCAAUCCUCGAACAUCGCUUCGACAAAAGAGUAAAAGAAAUCGAGCUUCUUCCCGAAGGCACGAUGUAUGGAUGCAAUGGUGUCAUCAACACGAAUGGAAAGGAAGAGUCUAUUUACACUGCCUGUCUUUACAAAAAGCCUUGA